AUGAUUCGACCGUCUCUCCGCCUCGUCUCCGCCCCGAGACUGAGAAUCGCCAUAGCUCAGCGGCGAUGUGUCUCAUCUGAAAUCAACACAAGAGCCUCAGACCCGCUCCGAAUCUUGUUUUGCGGCUCAGAUGCAUUUAGCUGUGAAUCUCUACGCGCAUUACACCGGGAGCAUGAAAAGAACAAAAAGCUUAUUGAGUCUCUGGAUGUCAUGGUGUUGCCUCCGAGGCGAACUGGGAGAGGGUUUAAGGACAUCAAGGAAGUGCCGUGUAAAUCCGUUGCAGAGCAUUUGGGAUUGAGGAUACAUCAACGAGAGACUUUCAGAGGUUGGAAUACGCCGGAGGGGACUAAUUUGAUUGUGGUCGUCUCCUUUGGACUUUUCGUCCCACCACGGAUAUUGAAUUCAGCAAAAUAUGGUGGACUGAAUGUUCACCCGUCACUAUUACCACAUUUACGUGGUCCAGCACCAAUUCAUCACGCCAUGAUGCGUGAUGAUAAGUACACUGGUGUAUCCCUUCAGACGUUGGAUCCCAAGGUCUUUGACCAUGGCAUCGUUCUCGCCCAGACACCUUCUCCUGGCUUACCGAUACCGGCAAAUGCUACGCUCCAGAAUCUUACAGAAGAUCUUGCCAAGGUAGGCGCAGAGAUGCUCGUCAAGGGGCUACGAGAUGGGCUGCAUGUACCACCAUAUGCGGAUGUAGGAUGGAUGACCGAACAGCUCAAAGACGAGACACUAAUCCACGCGCCGAAAGUGGGCAAAGGGGAAUCACAAAUCAGCUGGCUAGAAUGGACUCCAUCCCACUUUGAGCGUUUUGUCAACAUAUUCAACACGAUAUGGACACAAGCGAGAAACGACAAAGGAAAGUUUAAGCGGGUGCUUUUCCUGGAUGCGGAGAGUGUCCCCGCGGAUGACGCGACGGGAAGAGAUGAGGAAGUAGUAUUUCGGGUUGAAGCAGGGAAUGAAGGAAAGGACAUCCAGAAGACUGUCAGGGUUGAUGAUGAACGUAAUGCGUUCUAUGUACAGGCGGCACAUGGGGGAUGGGUGCGUGUGAAGAACGUCAAGGUGGAUGGGAAAACGACACAGACAGCAAGGAUUGGGAUGAGGGAAUUUCUGAAGAAGAUGAAAUGA